AGAUUUGCUUCAUGGUGAACUCCUUCCUCAGGCAGAGAACAUACAAAAUUGCUGGUUCCCCUGUUCCCAUGCACAUGCUGACCCGGUGGGGCUGAAACCCUAAGUUAGGGUUUGGGGCUCGCGAGGGGGCACUACAAACCUCAGGAACGCCGACGCAGGUGUUUUUCUUUGGAAGUCUGUGUGCAGCGCCGCCUGCCUCAGCUCUUAGUUCUCCGAAUUUGACACUUGUUUCGUUUGCUUCCUUCUUUUUUUAUUUUUUUUAUUUUCUUCUUAGUCUUCUUCCUCUCUUGCUCAUCCCCAAUGGCUGAGACUUUAGUGCUGCGCGGGACUUUGAAGGGUCAUUCCAACUGGGUGACCGCCAUCGCCUGCCCUCUCGACAACCCUGACCUCAUCCUCUCGUCGUCUCGCGACAAGAGCAUCAUCGUCUGGACCCUCACCCGCGAGGAGGGCAACUAUGGUGUCGCCCGCCGUAGGCUGACCGGGCACGCUCACUUCGUGCAGGAUGUGGUGAUCUCCUCCGACGGACAGUUCGCCCUGUCGGGGUCGUGGGACGGGACCUUGCGUUUGUGGGAUUUGAACACCGGAACUACCACCCGGCGGUUCAUCGGUCACACCAAGGAUGUGCUCAGCGUGGCUUUCUCCGUUGAUAACAGACAGAUUGUGUCGGGAUCCCGCGACAAGACAAUCAAGCUGUGGAACACUCUUGGUGAGUGCAAGUACACCAUCCAGGACGUCGAUGCCCACACUGGGUGGGUGAGCUGCGUCCGAUUCUCCCCUGUGACUGCUAACCCUAUCAUUGUGUCCGGUGGGUGGGACAAGGUUGUCAAGGUGUGGAACCUGACCAACUGCAAGAUUCGCUCCAACUUGGUUGGCCACACCGGAUAUGUCAACACAGUAACUGUAUCCCCUGAUGGUUCGUUGUGCGCCAGCGGAGGUAAGGAUGGAGUCGCCAUGUUGUGGGAUUUGUCUGAGGGCAAGAGGCUGUACUCACUGGACGCCGGUGAUAUCAUCCACUCCCUUUGCUUUAGCCCCAACAGAUACUGGUUGUGUGCCGCCACCCAAUCCUGCAUCAAGAUCUGGGACUUGGAGAGCAAGAGCAUUGUCGAUGAGUUGCGCCCCGAGUUCACUUUCGUCAGUAAGAAGGCCCAGAUUCCUUACUGCGUCAGCUUGAACUGGAGCGCUGACGGGAGCACUCUUUUCAGUGGUUACACUGAUGGCCACAUUAGGGUGUGGGCCGUCGGAAGGGCUUAAGCGUCUUCUCAUUUACGGGGUCGCAAUGCGGAAGUACGGCGUUCUCUGAUUAGUGCCUCGUGGAAAUGCAGAUGUUCAUUUGGUUCGAUGUUAUGCCGGAACUGACGGAAUUAACGAAUACAAUUUUUUCACUUACUUUCA